UGUGCUUCUGUGUGUGUGUAGUCCACUGCUGUACCUGCCUGCUAGCUAGAGUGUGUCUGUGUGUGUAGUCCACUGCUGUACCUGCCUGCUAGCUAGAGUGUGUCUGUGUGUGUAGUCCACUGCUGUACCUGCCUGCUAGCUAGAGUGUGUCUGUGUGUGUAGUCCACUGCUGUACCUGCCUGCUAGCUAGAGUGUGUCUGUGUGUGUAGUCCACUGCUGUACCUGCCUGCUAGCUAGAGUGUGUCUGUGUGUGUAGUCCACUGCUGUACCUGCCUGCUAGCUAGAGUGUGUCUGUGUGUGUAGUCCACUGCUGUACCUGCCUGCUAGCUAGAGUGUGUCUGUGUGUGUAGUCCACUGCUGUACCUGCCUGCUAGCUAGAGUGUGUCUGUGUGUUUCAUACACGUUGGACUACGCCCUUGGACUUGACCAUUGGACUACCUGAGGUAGUUCACCUGGCUUUCAGCUGUUGUCGAAGCUCACCAGGUUUUUCACAGGUACCGUCUCUGACCUGCUGGAGUUCAUCUGUCUCUGGGUGUUGACCUGUGUAUAUCUGACUGACUGGGAGUUACUACCUCUGUUGGAGUUCACCUGUUAGAGGGAGCUCAGCUGUGUAUCAACACGUGCCUCUCUGCUACUGGAGUUUACCUGUGUGAAGGAGUUUACCUGUCUGACUGGAACACCUGUUGGAAUUCUUGGAGCUUCUCUCUCCUGCUGGGGUUCACUUACCUCAGAGCAGAGACCUGCAUCCUCCAGCUGUGUGUGUGUGUGUGUGUGUGUGUGUGUGUGUGUGUGUGUGUGUGUGUGUGUGUGUGUGUGUGUGUGUGUGUGUGUGUGUGUGUGUGUGUGUGUGUGUGUGUGUGUGUGUGUGUGUGUGUGUGUGUGUGUGUGUGUGUGUGUGUGUGUGUGUGUGUGUGUGUGUGUGUGUGUGUCAGGAUGAUGGAAGAAGUGUCUAUCAGGGUGGCAUAUGACACCCACAUCAUAGACCAGAUGACCGAGGAGGAGAUACUGGCCUGCCUGAUGGCCGAGUCUAUACCCAAACACACGGUUCCCAGUAAGAAGGCCACGCCGAGAGAGAACCAGACGCAACAACAGGAUGACCACGUAGAUAGAUACCAGAGGGAGAACCGUCAGCUGCAGCAGGACAGUCUGCGUCUGGAGCAGGAGAAUGAUGUUCUGGCCCACAGACUGAUCACCAGCAAGAUCUCCCUGAGGACUGACCUGGACCAGGUGGAGGACAGAGUGAAUGAGCUGACCAAAGAGCUGCUGAAGACCAGAAAGAGAUUAAAGAACGCAGAGGAGGAGAAGAGAGGGAAAGAGGAGGAGGCUGCUCAGUUGAAGGAGGUGUUAAGGGCAAAGCUGGACAAGGCUGAACCAGAGGUGAAAAGGAGCUCAGGCAUCAUCUCAGACUACAAACAGAUCUGUUCCCAGCUGACCAGUCGGGUGGAGAGGCAGCAGGCGGCCCACAGAGAGGACCUGGACAAACUCAGGAAUGCUGUCCUGGCGUGUUCUCGCUGCCGACAGGCUCUAGAUUCUCCUGUUAUGGAAGGCUUCGGUUCCACAGCCCCGUACCAGAGAAGUAUCAGCACCAGAGAACCAGGCCAGCAGAGAGACCAGGAAACAGAACCAGACCAGCAGACGACUGGUACCAGGGAACAAGACCAGGAGAAGGUGUGUCUGAGUGGCCAGAUCACAGAGCUGGAGAAAGAGCUGGCCCAGACUAAACUACAGAUGGUGGAGGCCAAAUGCAAGAUCCAGGAGCUGGAACACCAGAAGGGGGUGCUGCAACGUGAUCUCCAGACAGCUAGGAACAGCUGGCUCAGUAGGACUGUGAGCUCCAUACGGUCAGCCAGAGGGGGUCAGCAGAGCAGCAGCCUACCCAGUGGGAGAGCCUCAGCAAUGGGGCGUUCUCUCCAUGGCCUCCCCCUCUCAGCCUGGAGCUCCAGGUGACUGUCAUGGGCCCCCAGGAAGGACCGGGGGGAGACGUCUGACAGAGAGAUGGAAGGGAGGGGGAGAGACAACAAGAGGACAUACUGAGAGUAUAGAUAAUAUGUAUUGGAAUGAUUAGACAUGUCUAUUGGUGACUGUUUGUUUCUGCAUUCUAGUCCCUAUUUUGGUUUUAUUUGUUAUUGUCAUUUUUUAUUUUCAAUAUUUUAUUAUUGAUACAGGAAUUGUAUGUUUUAUGUAUUGCUUUGGCUGCAUUGUGUUGUCCCUAAAGCGUGUGAAUAACUGAAUCCAAUGAUCAAACCAUACAUCCCAAUGCUAACACUCCUUUCUGCAUGCACACACACAGACACCACUCUUUAAACAAAACUCCAAACUGGUAUUACUUGUAUGGCACCCAGUCCUUCAUUCAAAACCUUUCAUUGUGCAUUCAUUUUUUGAUUUGAUUUGUUACUUACAGUACAUCUCUGAUCUUGUCAAUAUCAGAUUUUCUUUUUAACUUACAGUGAAGUAAAAUCAAUAGUCAUCAUUGUAGUACAUUCAAGUAUAUAUCCAUACUUUUUAUGUUUCUACAUUUACAGACAUUUUCAUUAAGUAGUUCUCAUAAUCUGUAGCAGACAAACCAGUUCACAUGUAAAGUCAGCCAGGUCACCCGGGAUACAAGUCAGUAUUCGACGUCCAUCCUUAUCUGAGGAUGUCUGGAGAUGAUGUGGAAAUCGGCCACGAGGAGCAACGCUGUUGCCUUCAAGUAGGUUGUGAUUUUCAUAAGCAUCUGCCUCUGAUUCCAAAUUUUGGAAGUUUGAAUCCAGCGAUAGAAAGUUGUUUUUGAGCCCAUCCCAAACCUUAACCCUUACCUUAACCAUUUGGAGUUAAUGUCUAAACUUAACCUUAAACAUUUAGAAAUUUGCCAUUUGCAACAACUUCGAAAUUUGAAGUUUGAGAAACAUGGAUGAACGUGUAAUUAUGACGUGAGACUGUGAGAGCUAGUUGUGUAAUGUAUAGGUUUACCAAACAUAUAAGUGAUCGUCAAUUUAGAGCAGUCUGAUUAAGUAAUAGUUAAUGGUCUUUUAACAAAACAGAAGAGAAACAUAUCAAAAGUGAGCAUCGUAUUGUGCAUGGCAGUUAUGUUAUGUGAACAUGUAUUUCCAGAUGAAACACUGAUUCAGUUUGGUGAAAAUGUGACUGUAUGAUUUUGAUUGUGAAAUACUUAGUCAAUUGAAAAUGUGCUUAAAGUUUUGAAACAACUGCC